UUAAAUUAAAUUCAAUUUAAUCGUCGAUUUUUGACUUAAUUUUGUUGAUCAAAACUAAGACAAUGAUCACAACAGCAACUUUACAGUUGAUAUAUUUUGUGCAAUUAAUUGUAUGUAUGGUCAGUGCCGACACAAACAACAAUUUAUGCAAAGAUUUGUCGGGCAAUUACCGGGUGUUUGAAGCUUUUAUAUUCAAAAAAGGUUUAACACUACUGUUGGAGGACCGAAACGCCGUCCGACCGGAUGACCCGUUCGCCUAUAAGAGACGUUAUUAUUUCAUCGAAGAUUUUGAUACAACACAACUGGAAACUGGAGGUUCGGUUGGGUUUAAAAAUAUAUAUGAGUUGACAGAAUUAGGCAAAUGGAGAGCAUUACUAAUAGGAGACAUGUUUUGGAUGAAACACUUUUUCUGGUUACGAACCGAUGAAAACUUCGGAUCUAAAAUUGAUGGCAAACAGAGAGUUCUUGUGGCAAUCAAUCACACAUUUGAGGAUGGCAUAGAUAUGAUACACGGUAUGCUGUUUGGUCUUUACGAUCCCGAAGGCACUGUAUUUCCGGAUCUAUAUUUUCGUAAAGAGAUUAAAACAAAUAUCUAUAAAUACAGACCGGGCGACGAUCCCAUGAAUUUAAUGACACUGUUUAUUAAGUUUCCGCAACAAGAUUUGGUCGAUCGUAUACACUCUAUACUGGUUUUGCCAAUACUUCCCGAUGUACUACCUGUGCGACUGUUUGUCUAUUAUAUGGAGAAGCCACCAAAGAGUCAAGAAAAUAGCGGUAAUAAUAGGAUUUAUUUUAAGCGACACGUAAUGGAGGCCAAGUAUGUUGACUAUGAUAAGCGCCGGGAGAUCGACUGGAACUAUCUGCCAGUAAACGACAGCUCCAAUUGUGUGGACAAUGAGAUCGUCAACGCAACAGCUCUUCUAAGCGAUGAAUACGAAAUGGUUGGUAAUUAUUAUUCAUUUAAACUAAUUGAGUUCAGCGACGACAAGUAUGUCAUUAAGUAUGGACAUCAAAACAAGACAUAUGUCGGAGAAAAGUUAAUGGAAAUCAAACGCGGAUUUGUUUAUCAACUCUUCAAUUGUCCCAAACCGAUGACGACGACGACGACAACAACAACCACCACCAUUGCCACCAUUACUACAUCUAUCGGUACGUCGAUGACGCCAACCACUAUCACUACCAUUUCAGACAUCAGCACAUCUAUCGAUUCGGUGACAACAACAACAAACACUACCAUUUCAGACAAUAGCACAUCUAUCAAUACGACAACUACUUCUUCAAAACUUCCGAUUUCCAGCACUCGUUCACAGAAAUUCAUUACAAUAUCUUCACUUUGGUUAUGGUAUUCAUUGACAACAUUCAUAUAUUUCAUAUCCCGAUUCCAUUAA